CGUUAUCACUCUAACCGCUUGGGAUUCUGGGGCGCAACCUGUAACAGAUUUGGAAUUAAGAAAAAACUCACGCGUCCACGCCCUUAUCUCCGGUCUUUGUUGUUUCUUCCUGCAAAAUCUAAAGCACGUACAAAACGUUUUCAGCUCCAAUUGAUUCCCUCUCUUUCUUCCUGUCCGUACACCCUCUGAUACAGACACCCCGCCUCGAACAAUCCUUUCAUCGUUCUUUCUUUUCCCCAUUAAUAUGCUCUGAUUCUCUCUCUCUCACUCUCUAUAUAUAUUCACACCAGCCCCGUUCUCUCUCCCCCUCUAUCUCUCACAACAGAUUCUUCGUAGCGAUUCAUUUCAUUAUAUCAGCUCUCUCUAGCGACGAUGUUUGACCUUAAUCUCGCUGAUGAGGAACCGGUCCGCGAUCGAGAGUCGACGCCGUCGGAGAAGCUACUUGAACUCUCCGGAACCUCGAAUUCUUCAGUAGUGAAUGCCGAGUCUUGCAGCAUUGUCGGCGACGAGGACGAGUACUCCUGCUCCGACGGUUACGCGUUUCGUAUACUGAGGAGGGACGAGGAAGGGAAGGAGUGCGAGGAGAGUGAGAAUCGGGGUGGCUUUGAGACGAAGGACCUUUUUCCGGUGAGCGGGGGAGAGGCGGCGAUGUUCCUGCAGCAACAGAUACACGUACAACGCGAUUGGUCGGGUCUCCCGCAGAAUUAUGGUGUAAUGGCGGAUCCGAGGAUUAUGAUUGUGCCACAACAGAAACCGCAUGUUAAGAAGAGUAGAAGAGGGCCGAGGUCCAGGAGUUCUCAGUACCGCGGAGUCACGUUCUAUAGGAGAACCGGAAGAUGGGAAUCCCACAUUUGGGACUGUGGGAAACAAGUUUACUUAGGAGGAUUUGAUACUGCUCAUGCUGCUGCCAGGGCAUAUGAUCGUGCUGCAAUUAAGUUCCGUGGACUAGAUGCCGAUAUUAAUUUCAAUGUCAGCGAUUAUGAAGAAGAUCUUCAGCAGAUGCAGAACUUCACAAAGGAAGAGUUUGUGCAAAUACUACGUCGUCAGAGCACUGGGUUUUCCAGAGGGAGUUCGAAGUAUCGGGGAGUUACACUGCACAAAUGUGGACGGUGGGAGGCUAGAAUGGGGCAAUUCCUUGGAAAGAAGUAUAUCUACCUGGGGUUAUUUGACAGUGAGAUUGAAGCUGCAAGGGCAUAUGAUAAGGCUGCCAUAAAAUUGAAUGGGACGGAGGCAGUGACUAACUUUGAAGUAAGCUCAUAUGAAGGGGAGAUGAGCUCCGAAAUUGAUAACGGAGGUGCCAGCCAAGAUUUGGAUUUGCAUUUGGGCAUUGCUUCUACUAGUUGUGUUGAUGGCAUGGAGGCCCUACAAUCACAAUGUGGUUUCGCCAAUCUGAAGCAUAUGGGAUUCAGAGCAUCUCCUUCAAGUAGAAUGGGGUCUAAAUUGCCGCAUUGCUAUGACUUGCUUCCUCAGCAUCCACCGCUCUAUAAUGCAACAAACACCCCUUUCUGCCCCACUUACAAGGGAAAAUCAAUGGAGAAGGGAAGGGAAAAUGAUCCUUCACCAAACUGGGCACAAGGUUACAUCAGGACUCCCCCAGCAGCCCUUUUUUCUACUGCAGCAUCAUCAGGAUUCGCUAAUUCAAACUUUACUAAUACUUCACCGGCUGCCAACCGGCUAACGCACUAUUCUGGUGGACCACUUUCUCACCACAAUGCUUCACCACCCAUUCCAACUAUGAACACCACUUCGCAGUUUUGGUGCCAGAGCUGAAGUAGUCAAUUACGUGCUGCCGUCAAUUCUUUCCUUUGUUUGGAGUAAAUUGGAUUCUGGUUUCUCAUGGACCACACAACCCCGAUUGGUCUCAUUCAUCUCCUUUUACUGCGAUUUGGAAAACUGCUACAUUUUUAUUAUUAGUGUAAAGUUCAACAUUUUUAGCAUUAGAGGGUACCAUGAUGCUCAAUUUCAUCCUUGUCUGGACUCUUUCAGAAACGCUUUUUUAAUAACAGAAAUGUUACUUCUGUGCU